AUGGCCGAGGCAAGAGAACCUAGCCUUGGGUCAAGACUGGUUCACCAUAUAAUGGCCGAGGCAAAAGAACCCAAGCCUUGGCUGGUCCAACGAUUACCCGAGCCUGGGCCCAAAGGCUGGAAGCCUAGCUAUGGCCUCAAUUUUAGAACGGACACAGAAGGCCUGAGUGCGAUAUACUCCAAUCUAUUGUCGAAGUACAAAAUGUAG